GCGCGUGAGGAGCAGCGGGAGAGAGUGGAGCGGAGGGGAAAUAGCAGAACCGACUGCCAGGGGGAAAACUGCGGGGUUCGUCCUUAGACCUGACGUCAGCACCACGGAGCUUUUAAUAUCAUCUCCCUUCACGGGACAGAGACAGCGCUCAUGGAGAUGACAGCCACACAGCUACAAUGCUGGAGACUUAUGGAGAGCAAAUUAUUUUGUUUUUAGUAAGGGACUAAUUCUGGACUCGAUGAAUUUACAACUCCUAAUCAGUGAUGAGUUGGCUCCUGGUGUGGAUUCUCAUAGCAGCCGGGAUGCAACAGGCCUACUCCCAGACCUCCACCACCGUGGCGACCCCAGCCGAGCUCCCCACCACUACCGAGCUCUACAACAGAACGCAGUACUGCCAUUGGCCGUGCCAGUGUCCCCACAGCACCCCCUCCUGUCCUCCUGGGGUCAGCCUGCUCAUGGACGGCUGUGAGUGCUGUAGGACCUGCGCCAGGCAGGUUGGAGAAGAGUGCAACGAGGCAGUCACCUGUGACUACCAUAAGGGACUGUACUGUGACUACAGCUCUGACAAGCCUAGGUACGAAAAAGGAGUGUGUGCAUAUAUGGUUGGCACUGGCUGUGAGCAUGAUGGUGUUAUCUACCGCAACGGCCAGAGCUUCAAGCCCAACUGCAAGUACCAGUGUGUUUGCGUAAAUGGCGCCAUCGGUUGCGUGGCGCUCUGCAACGACUCCCAGCCACCGCGGGUAUGGUGUCAGACGCCCCGCCGGGUCAAGAUCCCUGGGCGCUGCUGCGAGGAGUGGAUCUGUGACGAGGCCAGGAGGGGGCGCAAGACCAACCCACGACACGCCGUGGAAGCUCUCCCAGCUGAGACCAGGAGCUGGCAUAAGAACUGCAUUACCCAGACUACCUCCUGGAGCCCCUGCUCAAAGACAUGUGGCCGAGGACUGUCCUUGAGGAUCUCCAAUGCCAACGAGCGCUGCCAGAUGACCCAGGAAUCACGCCUCUGCAAUUUACGACCCUGCGAUGUGGACAUCACCAAGCACAUCAAGCCAGGGAAAAAGUGCCUGCACAUCUACAGGGAGGAGCCAGCCAACUUCACGCUCUCAGGCUGCAUCAGCAGGAAGGCCUACCAGCCCAAGUACUGUGGUGUAUGUGUGCCCUCAGACCAGCGUUGCUGCAUCCCCUACAAGUCUAAGACCAUCCAGGUGGAGUUUGAGUGUCCCAGCGGAGCUGUGUUUACAUGGCCGCUCAUGUGGAUCCAGGCCUGCUUCUGCAACCUCAGCUGCAGAAACCCCAAUGAUAUCUUUGCUGGGCUGGAGAGCUACUACGGUUACCCCGGGGUUGCGAACUGAGGGAUGUCAAUCCUGUUCGUUAGGGCUCUACUCACUAUUUUAUAUUUGGAGGGGCCUUUUUUGUGUUUUCAGUUGUAUGUGAUAUAUUGCAUUUUGUGCAAUAUUUUGCAAGUAUUUUUUGUACAAUGGGAUUUUUCUAGAGUUUUUUUCCUAAUGGAAAAUUGUUAAUUAAAAAUUAUUCUAAAUAUAAUUACAAACUGAAGGUUUGUAAAACAUGCCGUCUUCAAAUCAGAGUACCAUGCAGGUUGCUUUGACAAUACUAGCUCACCAGUAAAGUUUAUGAAUAAUUUUGGGAUUUAUUUAUGUAUAUCUGGAAUACUAAAUUACUGACAUUGACAAACUUUUUAUAAAAUCUUGUAGCUAACUGAUGUAGUAGUUUCAGAGCUAGUGAAAUGAAUUUACCUAGUAAGAGAUGGUGAGGUGUUAAGACCAAGCAGAUUUAAUAGCUAUACUCAAAAACAAUUGGGAAAUAAAGACAGAAGGGUCAGUUCCAAGUUAUUUAUUUUUUUCAAAUUUUUUAAUAAAUACAAACCGUUAUGCAAUUUCUUUAAUGCUUCUUUGUCUACAGCAUUAGUCAGUUGUGCAUCUUUACAAAGCUACGUUUGUAUUGGUCUUCAAAGCUGAUGUAGUGCAAGUACAAGAAGGAUUAGACAAGUACAAGGUGGUUAAAGCUUUAUGGCUAAUUAUCCUUCAAUAAAUGUGGAUGCAUUACUGUUACCCUCUCCAAACCACUGCUUCAAAGGAGCAUGAAGUCUGCAGCGUAGGAUUUGAUGGCACAUGUUUGUUCUGUUGUGCUUAAUUGCAUAAAAAUAAUCAUAGAAAUGUGUAUUAAAAAUUUGUUUUUGCCUGAUGCUGUGAUUGAUUAAUAAAGCAAUACAACUUAACAGCUGUUUCAUGCAAGUUUUUGCUUUUUUUAGCGAAAAGCCUAGCACAUGUUCUUAAGGAAUUUCUACAAUCAUUUUGAUUUGAGAGUUUGACAGGGAUAAGUAACAGAUGAACCAAGAACAAUUUUAAAUGAACUGAUCUUGAACAAAAAUAGA